AUGGUGUUCUCUCAAGCACCUAGAUCCCUCUCUCUCCCCAACCACAUACAAAAUAUCCGCGUAUUGUUUUUCGUUUCCCGAGCAAAAAUUAAUAUCCCUACGGUUACCCCGCUCACGUGCAAUCCGCGCGUGCCUGUGUGCGCAUGUGGUGCUGGUGGGUGCGCGCAGCGGGUGAAGGUGUACCGCCUGAACGACGACGGCAAGUGGGACGACAAGGGCACGGGCCACGUGUCCGUCGAGUAUCUCGAGCGGUCGGACGCGAUAGGGCUGGUGGUGAUCGACGAGGAGGACAACGCCACGCUGCUCGUGCACCGCAUCUCCACCGACGACAUUUACCAGCGCCAGGAAGACACGAUCAUCUCGUGGACGGACCCCGAGGUGGCCACUGACCUGGCGCUCAGCUUCCAGGAGAGCAUGGGCUGUGCUUAUAUCUGGGAUCAAAUCUGCAACGUGCAGCGCCAGAUCCAGCUGCCGUCCAUCCUGGCAACGGAGGUGGCCAAGGAGUCAUCGGAGCUGCCAGCAGUGGAGGCCCGCACACUGCCAGCCAUCGCCAAGCUAGUGACGGACGUGUCACCCUUCCACCGGGACCGAAUGGCGUCUCUCAUCCUCCGCGAGGGCUACGUGCAGCGGCUGGUGGCGCUGUUCAGGGCGAGUGAGGGAGCUCACGACACCCCUGCGCUGCACCACCUCUACCGCAUCUUCAAGGGCCUCGUGCUGCUGAACGACUCCCAGCUGUUGGAGCAGCUCUUUGCACCCGAUGCCAUCAUGGACGUCAUUGGCGCGCUUGAGUGUGAGUCACCAUGCCCACAUGUCAUGUCACAGCUGCCAACAUGGCCACGUACCAUGCCACAUGCUCCCCCCACCGCCUCCCACAUGCCUCACUUGCCCCGUGCACCUCAUACGUUCAGCAGCAUCAACUCGCUCAUUCUCUUCAAUAACGUCGAGGUGGUGACGACUCUCCACGGCAACAAGCCAUUCCUGGCGGACCUCUUUGCGCGCCUGCGCGCCACUGACCCCCACUCGCCGCAAUUCACCGACCUCGUGCGCUUUCUGCAGGAGUUCUGCUCGCUGCACAAGCACCUACAACUCGCCCAACGCACCUCCUUCUUCAGUGCGCUGAUAGCGCAGGGGCUGUUUGACGUCUGCACGCUCGUCAUGCAGCACCCGCUGCACUCCGUGCGCCUCUCCGGGAUCGACAUACUCAUGUCGCUCAUGGUACCUGACCCCGCCCCUCUGCGCACUUUCCUUGUGGAGCAGCCCAACCAUGCCCUGCUCUCCUGUCUGGUGCGCGGCAUGGUGGCAUGCAGGCAGGCGGAAGAAGGGCUGCACGCACAGCUGCUGGAGAUGCUGCGAGUGCUGCUGGACCCUGAUACCAUGGACGCGGCCGACAAGAGCAAAUUUCUGGACCUCUUUUACGAGGACUACCUUCAGCUGCUCAUCUCAGCCGUUGUUGCCGGCGCGAACACAUCUCAGCCAUCCACAUGCCCCCCUGCUGCCCGAGAUUUAACCGGGCUUACGAAGAAAAGGCGGGCGGCACAGGGGAGAGCAGAUGGGGUGGGGAGCAGAAGAGCAGGUGGAGAAGCUGGGAGGGGAGCAGGAGGCAAGGUUGGUGCAUCAGAAGCAGCAGAGAGGGGUGGAGCAGAAGGACGGGAAGCAGAGAGAGGGGGAGCGAGGGGAACCGGAGAGCUGGGGGGUGCAGAGGGCGAGGAGAGGCGGGGCGGAGAGGAGGGUGGUGGAGGGGGGAUCCAGGAGCCCCCUUCACCGGACGUGCUGACGAGCAUCUGUGACCUGCUGUGCUUCUGCGUGCAACACCACAGCUUCCGCAUGAAGUACUACGUGUUGCGCAACAGCGUGGCGGAGAAGGUGCUGCGGUUGACACAGCGGCGGGAGAAGUAUCUUUCCGUCGCCGCCAUCCGCUUCCUGCGCUGCUGUGUCGCGCUCAAGGACGACUUCUACGUGCGCUACCUGGUGAAGAACCGCCUGCUGGACCCGGUGAUGGCGGCCUUCCGUGCCAACGGGGCGCGCUACAACCUCCUCAACUCCGCCGUGCUUGAACUCAUUGACUUCGUCAGGAAGGAGAACGUGAGGCCGCUGGUGGCGUACAUAGUGGAGUCGUACGGCUCGUGGCUUGACUGCAUUGACUACGUUGACUCCUUCAAGCUCCUCCGACUCAAAUACGAACAGAACCUCGAGAAGCGGCCGCGUGGGUGCGUGGACUCAAGUGCAGCGCAGGCAGACUCCAGGGCGGACGGGAUGGGGGAGAGUGGCCGUGAACAGGGAGGGGAAGGCGGCGGGGUGCCAGAAGGGACAAGCACGGACAGGGCGGCAGAGGGAGGGGAGCCGGGGGCAAGUGGUAGAAAGCGCAGAUCUAUCGAGGGGAGGGGUGGGAGUGAGGGUGACAAAGCAGGAGUGGGGAAAAGGCAGGGGAGGAGGCAAUUGAGUGUGGAGGUGGGGGAAGGGGACGGGGAGGGCGUUGGGGAGGAGCAAGUGGACCAUGGGGGUGAUAGUCCUAAGGGCGGCGGUCCCAAGGGCAGCAAAGGCGGCAGUCCCAAGGGCGGCAGUCCCAAGGGCGGCAGUCCCAAGGGCGGCAGUCCCAAGGGCGGCAGUCCCAAGGGCGGCAGUCCCAAGGGCGGCAGUCCCAAGGGCGGGAGUCCCAAGGGCGGGAGUCCCAAGGGCGCCAGUCCCAAAAGCGGCAGUCCGAAGGGCGACCAGAGGAUGGGAGGUGUGAGGAGUGUUGGGGAUGCAGGCAAGAAGGCACUGAGCAUGAGAAAACGGUUCCUGCAGGUGCGCACACAGGAUAACGCCACUGAGGCACCGCUGGGGGAGGUGGUACCUGGGGGAGGGGCAGCCAAGGGAAGGGGAGGGGCGCUGGGAAGGGAGGAGCCGACUCUUGGUGUGUGCUCCCCUCGCCCUGUGCUCUGUGACCCGUGGCGGAGUGCGAGGGGGAAGGGGCGAGAGAGGGCAGGAAGUGCGGAGGGGGAUGAGGGAGAUGGUGGGGAUGGUGGUGAUGAUGGUGAGUGGGCUGUUAGGCUGGCCAUGGCAGAGGAGGAGGAGGAGAGGCGGCAGGCAGACGUGGGAGGUGGAGCGGAGGGGGUUGAUGCGGGUGAUGGGGGUGAUGGGGAUGAUAACAAGGGUGGAGGGAAUGACGGAACGAGGGGAGGUGAAUGUGUGGAGGGUGAGUGUGCCGGCAGUGAGGCAGCUGGAAGAUGUGGGGUCAGUGAUGCUUGUGGGAAGGGUGGUAGUAGGGAUGCAGACGAGGGAAAGGAGGGCAUGCUGGAUGAUGCUGGGAUGGGAGAGCAGGAGCAGGAGGCACACGGGGAGGAAGCAGGCAGUGGUGUUAUGAGUAGAGCAGAUGAGUCAGAUGCGGCAGAGGCACGGACAGCAGCGCCGGGAGGUGCACAAAAUGCAGCAAGAUCAGUGGUAGAGGCGUUGCGGUAG